GAUGGAAUUUAGGGAAAGAAAUUGACUUUUUUUGUGACAUGCUAACGUCUUGGAAUAGAACAUUUUCAAUUUAUUUGUAAAUGAUCUUCAGGAUGGUUUGAUAGAUGGUCUAGUGAUGGUCAACAGAAGCUUUCUGAAGCUUGUAUUGAAAAGGGGCUCAUUAUUUGAGUUAGUUAAGUUAGUUGAGUUAGCAACUUCUGCUGGAUAUAUGUGAAUAUAUGUCUACAUUGGGCAAGUACUUCAUCAAAUAUUUUUUUGGGGUGACAGAAAUAAUGUUUUUUGGAAGGAUGGGUGGCUAUAUGAUGAAUCAAUCACCAAUCAAACUUUUCUUGUUUAAACAUACGCCAUUGUGUGGUCUUCUUUUGCUAGCCAUUGUGACUUGUUGACAUUUAACAUAACAGAAUAACAAAAAUAAACAUACAUAGUAAUGUACAACACUAUUGUGUAUUAGCUCAUUUGUGCUGUGAGGUCCCUGCCUCCAUGGGCCCCAUAUGUGAUCAACCAGCGGGCAGGCAUAAUUCUAUAUAAUACCACAUUAUAACUAAUAUUUCAGGUGUAUUUCUCGGACCUGGGAGAAGAAGUUCUUAAGAACAAGUAGCUUGGAGAGCAGAGGGUCUUCCAUUGUCCACCACCAGUAACGAAGCUUGCAAACUCUAUGAUGCAAGUCUAACUCAAUUCGUGACGUGGCGCAACAUUGAAAGCGUUGGAGGAUUAGAGGGAUGCGUUUCUGCUAUCAAGAUGGCUGAUCCUUAUUUUGUGAUGGGGCAUGUGGUAAGUGCAGGUGUGGAACUAGUGGGAACAAGCACCUCCCCCCGCCUGGAUGAACGCCUGGCCAGGAUUGUGAGGACGGCCUUGGAGCUGGCCAAAAAUCAAAACAUCACACAGCGAGAGAUGCUCCACGUCAAAGCCUUGGAGUUAUUCGCACAAGGGAAUAUUCCCAAGGCGUCUGAUGUUUGGGAAGAUAUCCUGAUUGAACAUCCCACAGACUUGCUUGCCCUCGCCUUUGCCAAUAGCGGCUACUAUUUCACAGGAUCCUUUAACCGGAUGAGAGACUCGAUUGCUCGAGUGCUGCCUCACUGGAAGCCACAUAUCCCUUUGUCCAGAUACCUGAAAGGAAUGUAUGCCUUUGGUCUGGUGGAGACUCAAUGCUACGACCAGUCGGAGAAAUUUGCGAUGGAGGGCCUUGCUUUGGUUCCAGAUGAUGCGUGGUCCAUCCAUUCUCUGGCUCAUGUCUAUGAGAUGAAAGUAGAGCUGGACAAGGGCUUGAAGUUCAUGGAGAGCAGAGAGAAAGACUGGCAGGUAUCUGAUAGGCUGGCCGGUCAUAAUUAUUGCCACUGGUCACAGUACUUCAUCGAGAAGGGGCAAUAUGAGGCCGCACUGCACAUGUUUGAUACUGAGGUUAGUUUAUUUACACAUGUACACAUGAAUGCAUGUACCGGGCGUGUGCAAAUUCCCUGGAUGAUAGUUUGCCCUUUGAAUUUAGUUUAAUAAUGUAACCGAGA